AUGCGCGCGGAGCGGCUGUCGCGGCUCGCCGCGCUCGAGGCGGGGCACCGCGCGGCGUCGUCCGCGCCGCCGCUGUCGAUCUGCGACGGCGACGGCGACGCGGAGGAGGACGAGGAGGAGGCGGCGCGUCGCGACGGAUGCGCCGCGCGGCUGCCUCUCGUGCCCGACGGAUGCGCCGCGGCGGAGUCGGACGACCGCGCGGCGGCCGGCGACGCCGCGACGCCCUCCGCGAGCGGCGGCGGUCACGGCGGCGAACCUGAACCUCAUCCGCCGCCGCCGCUGGGACUCUUAAACCGCCCGCGACAGUGCUACGCGUGCAAGCGCCGGUACCGCGAGCUCCACGCGUUCUACGCGUCGCUGUGCCCCGAGUGCGCGGAUCUCAACUGGACGAAGCGGCGACAGACGGCGGACCUGCGCGGCCGCGUCUGCGUCGUCACCGGCGCGCGCGUGAAGAUCGGGUACCGAAUCGCGCUGAAGCUAUUGCGGUGCGGCGCGACGGUCGUCGCGACGACGCGGUUCCCCGCGGACGCGACGUCGCGGUUCGAGCGCGAGGCGGAUCACGAGACGUGGAGGGACAGACUCGCGGUGUGCGCGAUGGAUCUGAGGGACCUCCCGGGGUUGGAGCGGCUGUGCGAGCGGUUCGUCGAGACGCUGCCGCGGCUGGACGUGAUCGUUAACAACGCGUGCCAGACGGUGCGGCGGCCGCCGGCGUAUUAUGCGCACUUGCUCGCGAAGGAGGCGGAGGCGGAGGCGGGCGGGAUGAGGUGCGUUCUAUACACUGGGUGGAUGGCCCCGUCCGCGGCGGCGUCGCAGCUCUCCGUGCUCCCCGGCGACGCGCUGGACGCGAGCACCGCGGCGAAACAUUUCCCCGCCGGCGCGUUGGACGUCAACGGGCAGCAGGUGGACCUGCGAAUGAAGCACUCGUGGACGAUGAAGCUCGGCGAGGUGGAGACCCCGGAGCUGUUGGAGGUGCUCGCGGUGAACGCCGCGGCGCCGUUCGUGUUGAACGGGAAACUUCGCGCGCUCAUGGCGCGAACGGCAGCGAUGGGAAGGAGGGACCCGGCGGACGCGAGAGCGUUCAUCGUCAACGUGUCCGCGAUGGAGGGCAAGUUUUACCGUCACAAGACCGCGAACCACCCGCACACGAACAUGGCGAAGGCGGCUCUGAACAUGAUGACCGCGACCGCGGCGGCGGAUUACGCGGCCGAUCGCAUAUACAUGAACAGCGUGGACACCGGGUGGAUCAACGACGAGAACCCGUUGGAGACGGCGGCGAGGAUCGCGAGAGACCACGCGUUCCAGACGCCGAUCGACGAGGAGGACGCCGCGGCGCGGUGCCUGGCGCCCGUGAUCGAGGGGUGCGUCCCGGGGUCGGGGACGCCGCCGUUCGGGAAGUUCUUCAAGGACUACCGCGAGAGCGAGUGGUAG